AUACGAAAUCACAUGUAGAUACCAUGUUAUCAUUACACACGCGUGUUCUGCCUCUUGAGUUUGUCACCAUUAACGUGUCACACAUUCCUGAACCCAUCUGUCCACCUCUGCACACACAUCUUCGUUUUCCCACUUCACUUCAAACAAAAGUCCACCAUUUCCACCUUUGAUCCCUCAAUUACAUUCCGCCACAAAGUUACAAGAUUCUUCAACUAAGGAUCAGAAAUCUUGACUCGAAACUAAAUGGUAUACAUGUAAAUAGUUGAUAGAUCAAUAAUAUAGUUGAUAAAUACGUGUUCCUGAAUUCGUGGGUACGAUGUUGGUUAUGUUAAUAAAGCCUUUUUCACUUAUUAAACUAUCUUGUAUGGCUGGUGUGAGAGGAACUGCUGUAGCUAUAAACGCGUGGGUUGAAAUCGUGUGCGCUUUUAUCUAUUUCAAUGUAAGCAUGUUUUGGAGAUCUGUGCUUUGGAUCGUAUCGUUAAUAACUCUACCCGUACGUGCUCUGGCUGCAUUACACCGCGAGAAACAGCUGCGAGCACAGCUAUAUGAGUUACGAGAUAGAUUGGACUCUCUUAUGUGGGAUAGAAAGGAACUUGAAGAACAUAUACGAGUUGCGAUUAAAGAGCAUGAAAUGAUGGAAAUGGUGUUAGGAGAACUUGAAGAUGAACAUGAAGAAGCAAUGCAUAAGAUUAAAAUCUUGGAGACCGAGUUGCAAGAUCUCAAGGAUGAAAACCACUGCCUAAAGGAAGUUCAUGGCAAAUCAAAAUGGGACACGAUAAAGCACAAUAACGAAGGAAUAUUACCAUGGAUAUCAGAUCGAUAUAGGGUCACCGACAAUCUAACGCUCAAAGAAGCUUUUGAUGAUGUAAACAAAGGUAAUUUGGAAGCAUAUGAUUCUAUGAAAAAUGACGGUGGGUCCCUCAAGCAUCAACUCAUCAAUGGAAGUGUAUAUCUGGACAGUAUUUUCGGCCAAAGAAGAGAAGUUGCGGUUUCACAAAGCUUGUUUAGUGCGAUGUUAUCGCUAUUGGUUGGAAUGGUCAUAUGGGAAGCACAAGAUCCUUGCAUGCCGCUAGUAACGGCUCUUUUUAUGGUGGUUGGCAUGUCAUUAAAGAGUGUGGUCCAGUUAUUCUCGACGAUCAAGAACAAACCGGCUUCUGAUGCGGUCGCUCUCUUGAGUCUAAACUGGUUCAUCCUCGGCACACUCACGUACCCGACACUACCCAACGUUGCUCGUUUAACAGCACCUUUCUUCACCAAGUCAUUGGAAUGGAUUUGGUUUCGACUCAAGUUUUACUAGACCACUAAGUUUUCUCUUUUGGCCGGUGCAAGGCGCAAUGAAGUAGUUUUUCUUUAGUUUGGGAGAAACACAUGCUAUGUUGGUGUAUAUGUAUAUGUUUGUUCUUUUUGCUAUGUAUUUUGUCUUUUAGGUGUGAAUAAGUAGGUAAAUUGUAAAUGCACCCCCGGGGACCAUGGACCAUGAACCGCUUGGGACCAUGAGCCGGUCAAAAUCAGGGUGUGGGUUAUAACCCCACAUAUAGACCAUGUGCCCAUUAAUUACCCUCAAAAUAGGUCUGUCCUAAGUGAAAAAGUUAAAAAGGUCACAUCUUGUUAGGAGGUAUGGGUGUUAGAUGUGGAUCAAAGACAUUAGGGUGUAAGGAGUGGU